UGAUCAAGUCUAAAUCAGCCUCGCACGGCGCCCCCGUGUGGUACGAAACCCAUUUUCCUUCGGAUCUUUCUGCUGAUGCAUGCAGCGUACGCGUUCGAUCGACCUGUGGCGUUUGAGAAAUAACAUCGACCAUGGAGGUCGUGCAUUGAUUUAGCGUUCUACUUCUAGCUUCUGCCUUACUUAGAAUCAAGGACAAGAAAGCCGCAUCAUGGCAGAGUUUAUCACCGUCGAUAGCCGACUUGUGGAGCCACUGGCCCCAAAGCCUGGACUCGAAGGCGAGCCGUCCACCAUUGAAGAAUUUCUGGAGUUCUCGACGGCCGAGUUGAAAUUCUUUCUCCUGAACAAAGGCGAAUCCAUUGCCGGUUGCAGAGCUGAACUGGCGGAGCGCGCCGUUCUGGCCCAGCAACGCGCCAACAACACCGGUCCCACCGAGCCAAAGAAGUUUAAGAUCGAGCGCGAAGAGGCAAAAGGUGAAUACGCAAGCGUUUUAGAGGAGUACAGUUUAACAGACCCUGACGUUGCUAACGAGUGGAGUGUCGACAUCUCCGGCCUACCCAACCUGGACACCGGAAAAAUCUUCCACUACAUCCUCACGAAAGAAGCGUUCGAUACGUACUACCUAAGCGAGUACAAAUCCAAGAAGGCGUACCAGUAUUUAGAGUCGGUAUGCGUGCGAAGUAUUCAGGUCCAUGUCGCGUCGGAUUUCAUUUUCGUGAAAGGGACCAUUGCACCGUUGAACGAAUCCGGGGACGGUUUUGAACCGCUGAAGCGGGCGAACGUGGUGAAGAUUUUGACGACCGUAGACAAGGACAUAAUCGUGUCGUGUUGCUCCUGCACGUCCGAGCUCUACCAGUGUUGUAAUCACGUGAUCACGGUCCUCUUCCGUAUCGAGCGCUUGGUGCGCGAGAUGAACGCGCGGGAAACAACGGGGAAAACGCCGGACCCGACGCCGGAACACCAGGACGGCUUCAAGCCCGUGAAAAUCAGCGACCUAUACAAGAAGAAAGACCCGUUUUCGCAGUCGCUCCUGGAGAAGAUACACAAGCCGUCGGCCGAAGAGAAGCGACGGUUCAUGGAGAAAAUCUGCCAGACUAUUCCCAAUUGCCUCUUUGCGCAGAUGUUCAAGGGGUCCAUCGGUGUGACUGUCACACCCGACCAGGGAACGCAACCGACGAAAGCAGUAACCGAGCCCAACGCGGCCCUAGCUACAACAACCCAAGUUCAGACAGCCGCCCAAUCAGCUACCACUUCCCAAACCAUCCCAGUUGCCCUAGCAACUGCAAGCAUUGCCAAUUCUACCCCUGUCCCAAUUUCCCUAGUAGCCGUGACAGCACAAGUCACGCAGCCUGCCCAAAGUACCCCCUCUGCGCAAACAACCAGCGUGCCAAAGAGUGAAAAUCAAACUCCUUAGACUGCUGAAAAAAAAACAGUUAGGAAAUUUGACAUCCGUUUAUAUAUUGCCAUACGGUAUUCAUUGUGCUUUUAAUAAGGCUGCUCACUUUUAUUAUGGAGAUGCACUCAGUUUUGAAACUUAUAGAAAUAUAAGUUUGAAAAAUCUACAGAUGGUUCU